AAUACAAAAAUCUGGUAAAAUGCAGUUGCAGAUUAUCGUUUAGACUUCACUCAGUAACCCCUCGUCAUUGAAGUGAAUUUUGCUUUGGCUUCCAGAUGAUUAUUCUCCACCAGCAGUUUCUCUCUCUUCAGCCGCACCCACAAGCGCUUCUUCCUCUCUCUCUCAUCACCAAGCGUUGCAGGAAUAUUCCAGUCCCUGGUUUUGGGUUGGUGGGUGGGGUUGUUGAAGUACCCGGGAAGAGGGUACGACGGUUCACGAAUUUGGAUUCACGGCGGCGGCGUGCGGUGGAGAGAGAAUCGGAGUUCGAGGUGGACCCGGAUAAGGCCCGAGAAGCCCUGCGAAAGCUCGACCAACAGCUUGAAUCAAUCUCUCAGAAACAAGUCGACCCACGUCCUAAGAUAAUCGUUCCGGAUCUUGGACGAGAUCAAAUGAGAGAGGAAAUGCCCGAAUAUUCGCCGUCUUUUCUUGCGUACUUGGCUUUUACUCUCCUUAUCUUUACCGUAUUCUAUAACGUGCUUUUCAUUACAGUUAUAAAGCCAGCCAUUGAUGGGCCGGAACCAGCUGCGGAUACUUCUGUAAGAGAAGCUCCAUACACACCGGCUUCACGAUAGUCAGCCAUCAAUUCCAGGGGUUUUCCAGUUUGUGAUUGCUUGUAAAACAUAGGAUGAAAUUGUUAAUGGACCUUAUUCCUAUAUAGUUCAAUAUCUUCCAUAGCA